UUCUUCUUUUAUUAUUAUUAUUAUUAAUAAACACACACAUAAUAUGAUUAAAACGAUUAGUUCACGUCAGGCUUUAAAGUCUGUUGUCUCAGCAACUUUGGUACCUCGUAUUUUAUUACCUUCUGUAUCAAUGGUUGCUCGUCGUACGAUUACUACUGCUCCUAAUAAACAACAACAAGAAAGUUCUUAUAUGAAAAUGACAGAUGCAAUUGGAAAUAUGCCUCGGGAUCUCCUUCAUGAAAUGCGUGAAGUUCGACCUGUUCCUAUGUGCGAAGAAUUUAUUGAAGGAUCCAAGUUAACCACUAAAGUAUUAGAGGAAAUGGAUUUUGGUGAAGGCAAACACGUGGUACCUCGAUGCUUUAGUGAUAAAGCUGCUUACUAUACUGUUAAAUUUUUGCGUACAUUACCUGAUACUUAUUUCGGUAGAAAUCAUUAUAUGCGUGCUGUGAUGUUGGAAACAGUUGCGGCAGUACCUGGUAUGGUAGGUGCCAUGUGGCGUCACAUGAAAUCCUUAAGAACCUUGACGGAAGAUAGUGGUUGGAUCUCUCAUUUAUUACAUGAAGCUGAAAAUGAACGAAUGCAUUUGAUGACUUGGAUGAAGUGUCUUAGUCCUAGUCUGUUUGAUCGUUUAAUUGUCUUGGGUGUCCAAGGUGUUUUCUUUAAUGCUUACUUUUUACUUUAUAUCCUUUCACCCAAGACAGCACAUCGAUUCUGUGGUUAUCUUGAAGAAGAAGCUGUUAUCUCCUAUACUCAUUUCUUGAAUGAUAUUGAUAAAGGUUUAAUUAGAAAUGCUCCUGCUCCUCAAAUUGCUAUUGAUUAUUAUAACUUGCAUCCUUCUGCAUCUGUUCGUGAUGUAGUAUUAGCUGUAAGGGCCGAUGAAGCUGUUCACCGUGACGCUAACCACUUUCUCUCUGAUCGUAUUGCUCUUCAUCAAGAAGAUAUUCUUUCAGAAGUAAAGUUGGAAAAUAAUUUAAAGAAUGAAACUCAUGACAAGUCUACUACUACUACUACUGAUGCUAUUCAUCAUGGCUCAUCAUCCUUUGCAUAAGUGAAUACUUCAUUAUUUAUUAUCUAUCUAUUUAUUUAUUUAUUCUAAUUAAUUGUUGUUGUAACAUGUACAUCAGCAUUACAUCUAUUUUCCUUUUUUUAUGUACUUUUUUUUUCAUUUAAUGCUAUAAUAAUAAAGUUUAAGCUUUUAUAUAAUAUCUUUUAUAUGCCAC